GGGCACUAAAAUAAAGCAGAGAAGAGUGAACUAUUGGUCGUGAUGUCCAGGCAGUUGAAAGGCGCGUGAGGAGUUAUCAGUUCGUGAUCAGCAUAUUACACCAUACCCCUGAAAUCUGUCUGGACUCGCAUCCCACACCCAUCCUCCUCUCUCAAUGCCAACAAACUUUUUUUAAAAAAAAAUACAAAAAUUAAAUCUACACAAGAAGAAGGGCAGAGAAAGAAGAUCAGAACAACUAUUGCUAGCUACCCAAUUACCAUCUUCUUCCAUCCCCAGAGAUUUCCAAGAUAUCACUUGCCGACGGCAUUUGAGUGCUAUAGCCUUACCCUACUCACUCAGAAGAAGUCGAGGCAGCUUUGCUUCAAUAAUGAGAAACCCAUCGUCAUCGUCAUCGUCAUCGUCGUCAAAAGCGGCGGCAGCAGCAGCAGCAGCUGCAGCGACAGCAGCUUCAAUACCAACGAAAAUAACAUCGUCGUCGUCGAGCAAGGCGGCGGGGACCAGUGGUGGGAGCAAGACACCGUGUUGUAUCAAGGUGGGUUUGAAGAGAGGGCCGUGGACGCCCGAAGAGGACGAGCUCUUGUCCAAUUACAUCAAUAAAGAAGGUGAGGGCCGAUGGCGGACCCUACCCAAGAGGGCGGGGCUGCUCCGCUGCGGCAAGAGCUGCCGCCUCCGCUGGAUGAACUACCUCCGCCCUUCUGUCAAGCGCGGCCAGAUCGCCCCCGACGAAGAAGAUCUCAUCCUUCGCCUCCAUCGCCUCCUGGGCAACCGGUGGUCUUUGAUAGCUGGGAGGAUCCCAGGGCGUACGGACAAUGAGAUAAAGAACUACUGGAACACGCACCUGAGCAAGAAGCUGAUCAGCCAAGGCAUAGAUCCCAGAACCCACAAGCCUCUAAAUCCAGAUAUUCAUUCCUCGGCUACUGUUGCUGCUGCCGACAUGGACAACAACAUUAACAAAGCAGCAACAGUUUCUUCUUCCAAAACCAAUCGCUUCAGCUCAAACACUAACCCUAGUCCUCCUCCUACUUCUGAGCCUUCUGAGCCUCUGGCUCAUCAUCAGGGGGCAGCUCCCAAUACUAAUGGCAAUAAUGGGAAUAUCGUCACAAAUAUUGCCAACAAGGAAAAUGGGUACCUUGUUGAUGAUCAGGAGCUGGGCACCAUGGUCCAUGGCUAUGCAAACAUGACGACAUCUGAUCACGCUUCUGCAGCGGCAAUGGGAACUUUGAGCUUGAGAAGCAACGGCAGCAAUCAUGGAGGAGCACUACUUGGGGGGAAUGAAGAGGACGAUGAUAUGAAUUGUUGCGCCGACGAUGUCUUCUCUUCGUUCCUGAAUUCAUUAAUCAACGAGGAUCCAUUUGCUGGACAACACCAUUUGCAACAACAAGUACUACUUCAGAACGGGAAUAAUGCACAUAAUGCAGCUGCUGUUGAUGGUUCGGAUCAUCAUGUUCCUCUGAUUUCUAGUGGUGCUGGUGCAACUGCGCCAUCCACUUUUGGCUGGGAAUCUGCUGUGCUCAUGUCUUCUGCUUUUAUCCAAAACGAUCACCACAGGGUACUCAAUGAUCAAACGGAGUAGUAGCCAGCUAGCCCGCCCCUGUUCGAUCCAUCGCAUGCAUUGCGCAGAUUGAAACAAACACAACAGUUGCUUAAUUAGUUUAUUUAUGGAAAUUAGUUCUAGGGUUGGAUCAAUAUCAUAUAUAUGAUAUGAUAUUUGUAUGAUUUUGUGUGUUAUCUAUUUAUUCGACUAGUAUGUACUUCAUCCUCUCUUGAUGAUGAUUUUGGCUUUAUUUGUGGCCUUCAUCAAUGUACGUUCAUGUUUGUAUUGUUCUAUAUGUAUUGUAAACAAGCAUUAGAUCGAUGUUGAUUAAUAAUAUAAAUAUAUAUAAGUACUACUUUUGUGUGAA